GCACUACCUCCUUGGCAGAUUUUUCUAUGUUGGAUCUGACCAUGAGACUUCAUUGGAUCAAGGCGCAACAUGCUCUCUAUGAUGCCCUGAAGCAAUGGAUCGAAGUCAUUGACUUGUAUGACUUUAAUUUGGACCAUCUUAAGGGAGAGUACAAUAAGGUAGUAGAUGCUUUUUGUCUAGAAGGGCAGAUUAUUUGGGCGCAAUAGUGACAAAAAUUGGUAUAUCCAACGAUGUGACUCCCUCCAUGGUGGAAGCCUGUCGGGAGGACCCCAUCAUAUCCGAGAUCAUGCGGAAACUUGAGGCCAAGGAUAAGGCCAGAUCCGAUGAGUUUGUGCUAGUUGAUGGCUUGAUGUUCCUCGAGAAGGCCGGGAAUAAACGAUUAUGUGUCUCGUGUAGAGAGUCUGUGCGUAUUUUAUUUUUAGGAGAGUGUCACGACGCCACUGGCCAUUUUGGGUACAAGAAGACAACAGCAAACUUAGUGCAUAAGUUUUGGUGGCCCACGAUGAUGGAUGAUGCGAAGAAGUAUGUGGAAACAUGUCAGGUUUGUCAGCGUGGCAAACCAAGGACGCAGACUCCGCUUGGGCUUAUUAAGCCCUUGCCUAUCCCUGCUGGUCUUGGUCAGAGUGUGUCCAUGGACUUCAUGGAUUCUCUCGUGACCAGCAAGAGUGGAAAAAGGCACAUCUUCGUCAUUGUGGACACAUUCAGCAAGUACGCUAGGUUAAUUGCGAUGCUGAGACAAUUGUUUAUGGAUAACUGGCAAAUGGAGCUUGUAUUAUUCCUGGUUCGGAAACUGUACCACCUCUGGGGAAGUUCCACUUCAACAAUCUGGCAUUCAUGUGUAUUCAGUUGUGCAAGGUCGACACUCAGGCGCCUCCUCUCGGGGAACAUUGGCUUCAACGAUCUGGCAGAGAUAAUGGAGCUUAUGUUCCUGGUUCAGAAACUAUACCCGUUAGCGGAACAUUCACCUCAGCAACAAUCAUGCAUCCCUGUAGAUAGAGUUGUCCGACGUUCAGAAACAGGUCCGGCGGCAAGGCGACGUCGGCUUCAGCGAUCCGGCCUUGAUUCAGCAGCCAUAAAUGGUUCAGAAACGGUUCAGCCUGUUCCCUGCUGUGGCGAUCGAGUAUGCCUGCAGCAGGUUCAGGUGCUGUUCUACCUAUUCUGUAUGUGUACGCUGUGGCGGCCUAGUGUACAGGACAUGGAGGACCCAGCUUGUGUCUGCGGGACCAUGUCAUUAGCUGACGAACUGCGGCAUUCGGCAUUCUGUAUGCAGCAUGUAGAGCAGGUCACAAUACACAAUUUUUUUCUGGAUAUUAAUUGUUCUAUCUUCUUGCUCCGCAGGAGGGGGUUGGACUCGGCGAAGGUGCUCCUGCCGUUCAAGUCGUAUGCAACCUUUCACGAUGCUGGUGAGACUGCUGUGCAUGCGGCAAUCAGACUCAACUCGUGGCAGUCGGAGUGUACGAGGCAUUGCAAUCCAAAGCUCUUUCGAAGAGUACGAGUCGUCGAAGGAUCGCAUCGCGAAGGGUCGGAAAGGACGGAAAGAUCAAUGACGGGGACGUUGGGAAGGGUGAAGGUUCUCAAAGGAAGGAAAGAUCAAUGGAGAACCCCAUGGCUCGAUGCGUGUGCAAUGUCCAUCCUAAAAUGAAGGAACGUUUUGCUUGUGUGAAAUGAAAGAGAAGACCGGUUUUGGAUAUUUCGGAAGGUGUGGAUGGUUAUGGGUUAAAUUUCUUGUUGUUAUUUCCGUGCGUUGAUUUGAAAGCAAGGAAUCCAUGGACACACAGCCGCGAGGCAAAUACCGUUAGUGCACGUUUGCCUGCUCCUGUUCAAUCAACAGCAGCAGUCGCAACUGACCAGUUGGCACUGCUGCCAUCAGAGGCGGUAGACUGUUGACUGUGUUCUGCUGCAUUUCUCAAUUUGCUGGAAGCUGUUCGAGCUCAUCAAACACAUCGUGAUGAGUGAAAUUGACGUUUAUGAUUCUUCGGUGGAUUGCUGACGCUGACGUCUUCUGAUGCCGACGACCAGUUUGCCAGGUGCUGUUCAGGUGCAUGAUUCGCUGGCUCUCCGCUGAACGUACGGGUAAUUGCCAAUCGCGCAGCUUGUUGCGGAACGUGGACGGACAGCGAGGGUAUGGGGUAUUAUGAAGUACUAUGAUGAACAGAUCGUGUACAUCCUGGCGGAAGUUGAGAAAUGCUAACCUUUUUGUCAAAAUAAAUAAGAUCAUUGAUUGGAUUUGACAUUUCGCGUUUUUCAUUUUCUUUUUCUUUUUGUUUCGUUGUUUAAUUCAGGAUUCAAGUUCCCUUGGAAAAUGAAAACACUUGGCAAUCUUUGGUUUCUUCCAUCAAGGUAGCAUCUGCUGCGAUACCACUAGCCAGCCAUUGUGCAGAAGUGUGCUAAUGGCGGUAUUGUGUCUGUUGAAAGCGCGACAACGUUUUCAAAUCGUUUGGCACUGCGACGUCGAAUGCUUCUGCAGUUGGUGGCAUGUGUUGCCAUGUUGUCGGCCAGCGCACAUUAAGUCUAUCCGUGGUGGUAGCGCUAUCUGUCAAGAAAAGCUUUCAAGAUUUUAUAAAACUGUACUACUUCUUCAAAUGUGUGGCCCCAGCAGUUGAAGCCUGUGACGGCUACAGUUCUCGGCGAUUGUUGUUGUCAUGCUCGCUUGGACUAUCAUCCCAACGCGCACAGCUGCUUGAAGUCCCAAUGCGCAUGGCUACUUGAAAUCCCAUUGCAUGGGCUGUCAUGUUGUAGUCCGUGGAUGUCGAAUCUGACAUCUUUGAGCCUGGUGCGGCUCACUGUCUUUGCGUUCGGCUGGGGGAUGCAAGGCAGGAGGGUGCGGUGAGGGGAAGUGUGCCAAUGCGGCAAGAUAGGGACAGCACUUUUCUGACACGGAGAGGUCACAGUUGGCAUCAGCAGCAAUGCAACAACAACGUCAAACCAUUUCGCGAUUUUGUGCUUUUUCACAUGUGGUGGUCGCAAUAAGGAGCUGUGUUUGGCCUUCCUUGAAGGCCAACGGGCGUAGCUCAGUUGGUACGCGCAUGAACUGUUGAAAUACAGACCGCAGUUCGAAUCUCGAUGGGACUCGGAUGAGUCAAAUAACGCUGAAUUUACCUGGGGCUGGUCAGUUUGGACUUUGAAGGUGAUAUCUCAAGGUAGUCACCCCACCACGGAGAAGUCUGUGCUCUGGGGCUUGGAGAUGAGAGCCAGUUGGCCACCACACCGAGGUGGUUUAAGCUCUGGAGACACAAUGUGUGUGGCGGGGAAGAGGUGGGUGUGCCUGUACGACUCGGCUGAACAAUGGAUUUGAAGCGGCGGGGGAGAGGUGGGUGUGCCUGUACAACUCGGCUGAAAACAAUGCAUUUGAAUUUUGACACCAUCAAGCGAGGUGGAUGGUUCUCCAAGAGAGGUGGUUGUGUGCCUGUACGACUCGGCUGAACAAUCCAUUUGAAGCCAUCAAGUGAGGUGGAUGGCUCUCGAAGAGAGGUGGGUGUGCCUGUACGGCUCGGCUGAACAAUCCAUUUGAAGCCAUCAAGCGAGGUGGAUGGUUCUCCAAGAGAGAGGUGGGUGUGUGCCUGUACGACCCUUGAAAUCAAUCCGAUGCUCCUGGUGUCGUCUGGAGCGCGGGGGAGGAAAGUAAGUUGCAUCAGCUUGAGCCGGCGGGAGGAACGUAAGGUGCGUCUUGAAAACUACAUCCUCGCCUAAAUCCAUAAGAGUCGGGUUCAAAAUGGGCUUCCCAUUUCGGGUUCCGGGACCUUUUUCUCAUAUGCCUGUUUAGGUUGAUCUGCGAGAAGAAGGAAGUGGUUGCAUCCCGGUGUGGGACCCAAGUCCGAGGUUGAGCUUUGCCCUCGAACUUGAGUGUUCGAACAGCAUGAGUUUGCAUGAGGAAAGUAAGGCUCAGAUCCUGCUCUUUUGUUGUUGAAGAAAAGGUUAUGGGCUGAAAAUUCAAAUCCUGCUGAAUAUAAUAACGUUGGGGGCUAACCGGCUCUACUAAACAAUAAAAAAGGAAAGAUAUGAUGCUCGUGGAGCCGACGAUGGGCCAGGGGUCCACAGGAGCGGGGGCAGAUAGUCUAUCCUUUUUGUGUGUGUAUUGUCUGUUUCUUGAGCUGGUGAGGGAAAGGAAGGGCCAUCAAGCUCUUUGUCAGGGGAAAAAAAAGACAUGAUGCUCAUGGAGUUGAGGAUCAGCAAGGGAGCCACAGGAGUGGGCGAUCGUCCAACUGGACUGGGAUUGCUGUCAUUCGGAGAAGAAGACCAAGAUCUGCUGGUUUAAUGGGGGCAGUUUGGCAGUUGUAGACAAAUAUUAUGUUGCAGCUGUAGUGGCAAUUGCAGGUGGGUUUUGGGGAACAGCACACCGAAGUGAACACCGAAGUGAAGGCUAUUUCGUUCGACUCGUGCCGUGCACAGGUUGUUGAACCGCCGAACAUUUUUCUUGUGCCCUCCUUGGGUUCUGCUUAUUAGUGUGUUUCGCGGCUUUCGCCCAUGCCAUGGGUAAAAGGCUCCUUGUGACAGCUACGGUUGUUUGCAGUUGGCGACUCGGCACCCUUUUUUGCGGUUUUUACUCCGUCAGUGAUCCAGGACUGUUGCAGCUCAUCAUCCAUCAGCAGCCACUUCUGCGGGGACCUUGAACAUGGAGAACAGGCAUAACUUCAGCUUCUGCACAGCCCACAUUGAGCCAAAGAGUGUUGAUGCAGUGCAAUGGUUGCAAGUACCCUUGCCUAGUACCUGCUUCCGCUAGUUCAGGAAGUGGUUUCUAAGUACCCCAACUUACCUGCUUGCGCUGAAGCAUCUUCUUCUCAGUACAUGAUCCACUUCAUCGAGAGUCUCGGGCACUCGCAGUGCACAAUGGGAUCCUAUCAUGCAACCUUCAGCUUCACGGUUGCUGCUCUGUCCAGCUGAGCGGCGGGGAGAGAGGAGACGGGCAAGAGCGCGGGCGGUUUCACUGCCACCCCCCCCCCCUCCUGGUCAGGCACGUAGUUGCACACAUCAACCACCCACCCCUUUUCUACCCUCUUUUUCAGUGGCUUGUCCAUUUUGAUGACAGACUUUGGAGACAGGGCCUGUGGCUUGGUCAUUUUUUUCUUCCAUGUGAGACAAAAUAAUGCUGGCAGGUGGGGCAAAUAACUGUGGUGUUCCGCAGAGAGUGUUUUUUUUUUUUAGGGGGACUUUUAGUUGCCUAUAUCACCUUCGCUAGGGAGCAUGCGCUGCCUCUCCCUUCCCCUUUCCCGUCCACUCCCCAACCCGCCAACCCACACACCCACCUACCCACCCUACCCCACGCGCACAAGUGUGUCCCUUGAGAGAGCAACCAAAACAAAAUAAGAAAGGCAAA